UUAGUUUUGUUGUAAUCUGGAACGGAUUAGGAAUACCUUAGAAUUUACGUAUAUAUAUAUAUAUAUAGAAAAUGCAGCCAGCGCUCUAUAUAAUGAAUCAAAGCAAACGGGAACAGGCAGUGCACAAAGAACCUUAAUAGUAGAAAGACUUAUACAUAGAUAUAAUCUUCUACCUUAGGUGAAGAUGUCUAGAUUCUUCAAGUACAUCGAACAUUGUCCAAACGUGGCUGGACCCCUUCCGGAUGAUGUAACGGAAGGAGACAGUGACGGCGAAUUAGAGUUAGAGACACUGUUCAUCUCUGAUAGCUCUACUGAGAUAGUGACUGCAUCCAUAGAGAUAGUCACAGUUCCACCCUCAGACGAUGAAACUGAGGAAUUGGAAACAGGUGUUCCCGCCCUCACUGCUGCAGAGGUGUCCGAGAGCUCCGGAGAUGAGGGAGAGUAUGGAGCAGAUGAUGAGAGAGAUGAACUGGAUGGAAUAGGAGCAGAGGAGAGGAAGUCCCAGCAGGGGGAUGAUGAAGAGGUUCCUAACCUGGAAGAUGUCGGAGAAGAAGAAGACAAGUUCACCAAGAUGUGGAGAGCACUGGGCCUGCAACCAGACAAGGGACAGGUGGACUUGGUGAAGGAGAAUAGGCAGAAGGUGCGGGGCCGGAUUGAUGCUAUAUGGCAGGAGUUACGCCUAGUAAUAAUAGAAGCAUUUGAGAACAAUGGUGGAAUGCUCUACAGCGAGGAGGAGCAUCAUCUCAAACAGGAAUUGGCGCUUGUCCCCAAUAUGUCUCUCAUCUUGGAGCAGCGGCUGGAGCUGUUACAACUCUUAGCCAUGGAAGUCGAGUUCAGUCCAGAAUAUUAAUAUCCUAAAUAUAUAAUAUGGAAUCAGUAAACUUAGAUUAAUAAAUAUGAACUAAGAGAGUCAA